GGCGAUUGGUUCCUGCGCACCGCGUGCCGCGUGACGACAUCGUCGGGUGCUGUAGCCGCACGUGUGGAGAAGCUGGGGCGCUGCCGGUCACUUGGGCCUUGCCCUGAACUGCAGAGUGUAGUGGUCGCCUUUGCCCUGGGGCUCCUCACCGCGCCAUGCCUCACCGGAAGAAAAAGCCGUUUAUAGAGAAGAAGAAAGCUGUGUCUUUCCACCUGGUUCACCGGAGCCAGCGAGACCCUUUGGCAGCAGAUGAAACGGCACCGCAAAGGGUUCUUCUCCCAACCCAAAAAGUCAACGAUGAGGAGAGGCGAGCAGAACAGAGGAAGUACGGAGUGUUCUUCGAUGAUGACUAUGACUACCUGCAGCACCUGAAGGAGCCAUCGGGGCCCUCAGAGCUCAUCCCCACAAGCGCUUGGAGUGCUCACAGCAGGAGAGAGGAAAAAGAAGAAACUCUAGUCAUUCCAAGUACUGCAAUUAAACUGCCUUCCUCGGUGUUUGCAUCGGAGUUUGAGGAAGAUGUUGGAUUACUGAAUAAAGCAGCUCCAGUUUCAGGACCUCGGUUGGAUUUUGAUCCUGACAUUGUUGCAGCUCUGGAUGAUGAUUUUGACUUUGAUGAUCCUGAUAAUGUGCUUGAAGAUGACUUCAUUCUUCGGGCCAAUAAACCCCCAGAAGAUGGAAUGGAUUCAUGGAGGUGUGAGAGUGAAGAUGGCAGUGAGUGGGAAGAUGUGGAUGACGAGAAGGCAGACAGCAGAAUUGGGGAUGAUUGCGUCUCUGCAGGCCUCUCCUCCGAUGAAGACCAUGUGAUUGCCUCUGGGAGGCGUCAGUCCAUAGAAAACCACUUGUUCUGGGAGGAGGAAACAAAAAGUCGCUUCACCGAGUAUUCUAUAACUUCUUCUGUCAUGAGGAGAAAUGAACAGUUGACCCUACAUGAUGAGAGGUUUGAGAAGUUUUAUGAACAGUAUGAUGAUGAUGAAAUCGGAGCUCUGGACAACGCUGAGUUGGAAGGUUCCAUUCAAGUAGACAGUAGUCGCUUACAGGAGGUUUUGAAUGACUACUAUAAAGAGAAAGCAGAGAAUUGUGUGAAAUUGACCACUCUGGAGCCCUUUGAAGAUCAAGACCUGACCAGGAAUGAGCUUGAUGAGUGUGAGGAGGAAGAGCUUGUUACUGUUGUUCUUGAAGAACCUAAGGAGAAGUGGGAUUGUGAAUCCAUCUGCAGCACGUACUCAAACUUAUACAAUCACCCGCAGCUUAUCAGGUACCAACCAAAGCCAAAACAAAUCCGACUGUCUUCUAAAACAGGAAUACCUCUCGAUGUCUUACCUGUGAAAGGACUCACAGCAAAGCAAGUUGAACGAAUGCAGAUGAUCAAUGGCAGUGAUCUGCCAAAGGUGUCCACCCAGCCACGCUCCAAAAAUGAAAGCAGGGAAGAUAAAAGAGCAAGAAAGCAGGCUAUCAAAGAAGAACGCAAGGAACGAAGAGUGGAGAAGAAAGCUAACAAGUUAGCAUUCAAACUGGAGAAACGGCGACAGGAAAAGGAGCUGCUGAACUUGAAGAAAAACGUAGAGGGCCUAAAGUUAUAGAAAUGGAAUAUUUGGAACAAGACAUUCGCUGCCAUGAGUCCCUCAUUCAUUGUAUUAAGUAACCAACAUCUUCAGAAAGUCGAACGUGUUUGCCAUUUUUACUGGGAGGUAUUGAAGAGAAAAAGAUAAUAUUUGUCUUAUUUUUAUAGCAGCAACUGUCCCAUCUUGUAGAUACUGUAAUAUUUUUAAAUUUAAUAUUAUAAACUUGGAUUUACUCUGAAAUGACUUCAUGGAUGUGAAAUGUUUGUUUAAAUUAAAGGAAAAUACCUUCAUAACUUGAAUGG